AUGAGAAAGAGGAUCAUUAGUAUCAGCUACAAAAAACAAAAUUUAGCCAGAGGCAGUACUAUUCAACCCCCAAAGCUAUUCAGCCCGUCUGGUCAACCCACACGUCCCCACGCCUACGACAUCUCGCCGACACUCGGAGCGCCAGCCUCCCGCCGCACAAUCUCCUUCGCCGUCAUGGCCGCCCACAACGACGUCGCCGCCUUCCAUGAGGCCCUGCGCUCCAGCAAGCGCAUCCUCGCCCUCUGCGGCGCCGGCCUCUCCGCCUCCUCCGGCCUGCCGACCUUCCGCGGCGCUGGCGGCCUCUGGCGCAACCACGACGCCACAGCCCUCGCGACCAUGGCCGCCUUCCGCAAGGACCCGGCCCUCGUUUGGCUGUUUUACGCCUACCGCAGGCACAUGGCGCUCAACGCGCGGCCGAACCCGGCGCACUACGCCCUGGCCGCGCUGGCGGAGAAGAACCCGGAUUUCGUGUGCCUGACACAGAACGUUGAUGAUCUCUCCCCCCGGGCAGGACACAAGACGGAGCAGCUGCGCCGCCUCCACGGCAGCUUGUUCGACAUCAAAUGUGCCAACCCCAAGUGCGACUACAUCGACCGCAACAACACGCUCGACCCGCUGUGCCCGGCCCUCGCCCCAGCCUCGGAAGACGUACAAGACACGUCCCAGACGCUGCCGCUACUUGACCCGACCAAGAAGCUCCCGCGCAUCGACGUUGUCGAUCUCCCGCACUGUCCGUCGUGCAAGAAGAGCCUCCUCCGCCCGGGCGUCGUCUGGUUCGGCGAGAGCCUCGACAAGGAGAUGCUAGACGGCGUCAACGCGUGGAUCAACGAGGGCAAGGUCGACCUUAUGAUUGUCGUCGGCACGUCGGCCCAAGUCUGGCCUGCCGCCGGAUACAUCCUCGAGGCGCACAAGGCUGGCGCCCGCGUGUGCACCGUCAACCCCGAGGCCGAGGACAGGGACCAGUUGUCAAAAGUCAACCCGGGGGACUUCGCCUUCGGCAGGGAUGCGGCGGAGGCGCUGCCGCUGUUGCUGGAGCCGGUGAUUGGGAAACUCCGAGCGGAUGGGCGGACGUACACGGAGGAGCGGAGAUCGUAG